AGAAGAGGAAGCAACCACAACAUUUGUGACGAAACCGAUUGUAUCAUAGUCUCACGAAUUGAAUCACGAACAUAGCAUUCGCGAAGGAAAAAGGGCAACAAAUACAACCUCUCGACAACAACAAUGGACACCGCGAGUCCUGUGGACGUCGCACAGCAGCUUGUUUCCGACCUGGAAGGCCUCGCGGUUUCGGCAACCGCUCCCUCCUCCCCACAGCUGCUGCCCUCGCUCCAGCAAUUUUACCGGCUGGGUUUGGUGCUCUUUCGGAUACUCGACGACAACAACGGCGAUGGCCAUCCGGUCGCAAUCGCCUACCGGAAACUCAUCGAGAGCCUCUCCGAAGAAAUGCUCGAGCCGGUAUUUCGCGACCUCCGGCGGGCUUCCGGGCGGCUCCUCGCAAGCGGAACCGUUCGGGUCGAAACCGACCUGGCCCGGGCGGCCCGUUCGGUGGCCGGCCUUGUGGGCGCCUUUUCCGACGGCGGCGCCCCGGAUCCGACUUGCGGGGACGGCAAGUACCGAUCCGGCAGGAGCCGUCUGUGCCGCCUGGCGUACGACCACGAAUGGACCUCGACCCUGGCGGCCUUUUACGAUCGGUUUGUCGUGGCGGAGAAGCGGCAACAGCGGGAUGCAUUGCCGGAUCCGGAUUCGAGCGCCUCGGAGAUGGAGACCAACAAGACCGCCGUCUUGUCGUGUCUGUCGCGGAUGUUGCUGGAUGGAUUGAUCCUGCCGGUACCCUUCCACAGAAAGAGAAAGAAUGCACCGAACACGCCACCGGUGGAAGAAUCCCUCCUGGAGGCCAUCCGUUCGAUGGAAGAAGAAUCCAUCGAUUGCCUCCGAGACCUGCAGGAGUGGCAGCUGCUGGGGGGAGAUCCCUUUCGACGGACGCUGGAAGAAUCCCUCUCGCACAUUGGGGGCAACCGCCACCGGCGGGGUGACGAUGACGACGACGACGACGACGACGACGCCAUCCUGGAACGGGCACAGCAACGAGAAUACAUUGCGAGCAUGCUGGAGUCGGCGAGGGGGCAGCCAUCGUCCAUGGCGGUGGUCAGGGAAGCCCCAACGUCCAAACCAAAGACCAACACCGGUGCCCCAUCCAAGCGGCAAGCACCACCGGCCGAGACCGAACUGGACCGCCGGGUGAAACAGGUCCUGCAGGUCUUGCCGCACUUCGGAGAGGGCUUUGUGGAGGUUGCCCUCGGCCUCUACAAGGGCGACGUGGAAGCUACCGUUGCGACCCUCCUCCAGCACCCGGCCGACGGGGACAGCGCCGACCCAGGUUACCCGACCGCCCUCCGGAUGCUGGAUCCGAAACUCCCCCGCCGCAAGCGAGAAUUCGUUGCCUACCAGACCGCGGAGGAGGAGGCCGCGAGCGCCCGGGAAGCACGGGCCGACGUGAAAGAACGGCUCGCCCUGGAAGAAAAGCAAAAGCGGGAGGAGUACGAGGCCCUGGUAGUGGUGUCCGCGUCGGCGUCGGCGGAUCCUCCUCCUCCCAAGCCAGUCGACGGUGGCGGUGGCUCCCCGACCGACCAGCCCAAACCAGGUGCGGCGCGCAAGCUUACCCGAAAGGAACUCCGCCAGCAAAAGCUCCGGGAACAGCACCGGCGCGUCCUUGCCGACGAGUACAACGACGACUACGACGAUCAAUACGACGAGGUCGACAUCAAGCUCGGAGCGGCCGACGAUGGGUUCACGACGGACCACACCAGUGCCGCUGGUUCUGCAAACAACAUGACGUACGAACAGAUCAAGCUCUAUAACAAAAUCGUUCAGGAAGACAUGUCCGAUGCUUCCUUCUGGGAAUCGAACCGAAACACGAACAAAAAGGGUUCGAACAACGCUGGGAAUAACAACAACAACAACAACAACAGCAACAACAACAACAACACCGAUGGCGAGGCAUCGAAAAAACAGUGGGGACCGGAUAAGAUAAAGGGAGGACGGAUCAUUGGCGCCGAUGGAAAGAUUGUUCGAAAGCCGGGUGGCGUACGAAAAAAGAAAAACGGCAACAACAAACAGAACAACAACAACAACAACAACAACAACAACAACAACAACAAUACCAAAAAGGGCCAAGGAGGAAACUCAAACAGCAACAACAACAGUAACGGUGGAAAUGGCGGUGCCGGUUCGAGUGGAGCAGGGAACAAUAACAAUAACAAAAAGAAACCACGCACCAAACCAAAAUCAGACAAUCGUGUCAAUCGACAACGAGACCGUAAGAUGAAUAAGCAGGGAGCUUUCGGAGUGCAAUGAUGAUAACGAAACAAGUUUUGAAACAUCAGCCUAAGCUACACAACGUUCAUCCAUUCAGACCGAGGUACGAUGCUGUUGCAUCCUAGAUGACCUCGUGGAUACUUUAUCGGCUUGAAGCAAUUCGAUCACCAGGGGAAAAACCCUCGGCUGAGGAAAGAACAGCCGCCACGCCAUGUCCGUCUCGACACGAACACAUGGGUGCAAUUUUUAUAGAACGUGCGCCGUUGCGGUCAGUCGCCAAAUGCAUCAUCUUUCGACGAAAUCUUACCAAAAGAAGACGAAAAACACAAACGCCAAAUCCGAAAAGCUGAACAACAGCACAAUCAACAGCACAGUAGCCU